CAGUAUGUCUGCUCAUCGGAAGCACGUGUUUACUGAAAAAGUGCUGAAGAGACUUUUCCCUAAUGUUUCAAGUGGCCAAGAAAAGGGGACUCCUCAGACUCCGGCUUUGGAGACACCAUGCAAGACUGUGACCCCAGAGCCAGUCCAGCACAAGCAUGGCCAUAGUCUGACAGAUGGUGACGUUAAAAUCCAGCCUGAACGUCGGCUCUACACUGUGAGUUUGCCUCCCCAAGGGUAUAUUCCUUGUGUGCCAGAACCGACCAGCUGCGCAAAUUUCGAAAAUGUUUCCAGUGGUGGCGACACAGAAGAUCCGGAUCUUCCUGAUCAACCAAAAAGAAGAAGAAUUAGAAAGCACAAAUCAAAGAAAAAUAUUAAAAACCUCAAUGAUGUCAUAAAGCAAGCAGAAUUAGAGAAGCAGCCUGGUCUUUCACAGGAGAAAGUGCACACACAGCAUUCAGAUGUGCCCACAAUGAGCAAAAACAAAAGAAAGAAGCUGAAAAAGAAGCUGCAGCUUAGGAGAAAGAAAGCAGCUGGCUUAGCCGCAAAGGCCUCUGGGGUCAGUUUCAUGUACCAGCCUGAGAGCCCCGGGGAGUCGGGUGUGGAUGAUGUUGCGGGAGGAGAGUCCGAAGACGAUGGGGAGAGCUCAGCCGCAGACACCACCCAGGAAGACAUCGACCUUGCUAACAGCAAGACAGACAGCAUCCUCAGUUUUCUGAAGUCGACACAAGAACUUUAUUUUUAUGAUGACACUUGUAAAGAGCUCGAUCCGGCUGUGUGCACAGAAACUGCUGAAGGGCUGCUUCAUCUCCUCGAGUCUGGAAGCAUGCCUCCCUCAGAUGUGCUCGUGCUGGACCACAUGAAAACCCUGCUGCUUCUGCAGGACACCGAGAGGCUGGAGAGCGCCCUGAAGAUGUUCCCAGAGCACUGUGUGAUGCCUCCCGACCAUGCCAGAGUAAUCUCAGCUUUUUUUAACUAUUGGAUCACACAGAUUCUUCCUGAAAAAAACAGUGAAUAAAUCAGUAGCUCUUAAGAAGAGCUGUCUGUUGUUUGACAAGAUGUUAAACACAAUACAAAGUGAGCAGACACUGCAUUUUUGUACUUACAGACUUUUAUUUAUUAUUUAUUUUUCUAAUGAAUCAAACCCUGGAGACACUGAAGACAUUUCUGCUGUGUUAUUUAUUUCUGUGUCCA